AUGAAGGCAGCUACAUCUGUGCUUGAGAGUAAAAUUUGUGUCCUGGAAGCAAAGGUGGCUUCUCAACAAACUGAGCUACUGAAAUGUCACACAGCAAAGGCCCCUUCCUUUGAUGCAAUGCUGGCCGAUGAGAAGAUGUUGAAAUUUUACACAGGCUUUUCGAGUCCUGAUAGAUUCCUCAUUUUUGUUCGAUUUGUUGAGAAAGUUGUAGCCAAGAAGGAAUGUGGGCGACCGACUACGUUAACCCUGCCGCAACAGCUAGUCCUAGUCCUAAGCAGACUUCGCGUUGGCCUGCUUGAGGAAGAUUUAGCAUACAGGUACGGAUUAUCCCCAAGCACGGUGAGCAAGAUGUGCACUUUCUGGGUGCAGUUCUUAGCGAGUUACCUGGAGCAAGUGCCAGUUUGGCCCAGUCGCUUAACAGUGGACCGUUUCAUGCCAGAAGCUUUUGCUAAAUUGUAUCCAACCACCAGAGUAAUUUUAGAUUGCACCGAGCUCUUUAUAGAGACACCAAGCCACUUCAGAACCCAGAGCGACACAUACUCCAGCUACAAAAAUCACAACACAGCUAAAGGCUUAAUUGGGAUUGCUCCUAACGGAAUGAUAACGUUCGUGUCAGAUUUGGCUCCCGGCAAGCUGUCAGACAAAGCUAUCACCAGGAUUAGCGGCCUCUACAGCAUGCUGGACAAGGGUGACUCUGUAAUGGCCGAUAGGGGCUUUCUCAUAAAGGAUGACCUCGAAAAUAUUGGUGUAGACUUGAACAUACCUCCGUUCUUGGGUGGAAGGGAACAGCUGUCUUCUGAAGAAGUCACAGAAACAAGAAAAAUUGCGCACCUUAGAAUCCAUGUUGAGCGCGUGAUUCGAGAAGUAAAGAGAUUUAGGAUACUUAGAUAUGUCUUUCCCAAUUCCAUGGCGGAGAACCUUAACAGGGUAUGGAAGGUGUGCACGCUACUAUGCAAUUUCACAAACGAGCCACUGGUGACACGGUAG